AUUUCCAACUGAAAUAUCAAUCAAUCCCCUUCCCUUGAGUUGUCUGGUGCUAUGAGUGCCAAAGCAUUUCUUCUCUCCCACUACAGCUUUUCUCCUCCCAAUAUACCUCGAAGAAAUUUCAAUGUUCAUAAUUCAUUUUACGAUACUAGUGGCAGUGGAAGAGGUCGAGGUCGAGGUCGAUUUCGAUAUGGAGAAAGAGAGUUAUUAAUUAAGAGGAAUAGUAGUAGUUGGAAGUUGUGGGCUGAUGUCAAGUCAAAGCCCUUCAAAAUUGCCGACGAUGAUUCUUCUUCUUUAUUGAGAAAGGAAGAAGAUGGAGAUAACUCAGUGGGUCUACCGCAAGAGUUUCCAAAACGUUGGGUUAUUGUCAUUCUUUGUUUCUCCGCUUUUCUUCUUUGUAAUAUGGAUAGAGUUAAUAUGAGUAUCGCUAUACUUCCCAUGGCAUCCGAGUAUAACUGGACUCCUACUACUGUUGGUUUAAUACAAUCUUCAUUUUUCUGGGGUUAUCUUCUUACUCAGAUAGCAGGAGGUAUAUGGGCAGACACUGUUGGUGGCAAGGCUGUCUUGGGAUUUGGAGUAAUCUGGUGGUCUGUUGCUACAGUUCUCACGCCCAUUGCUGCUAAGCUUGGAUUGCCCUUUUUAUUUGUUGUUCGAGCUUUCAUGGGAAUUGGUGAGGGUGUUGCUAUGCCGGCAAUGAAUAACAUUCUCUCUAAAUGGGUUCCUGUAUCAGAAAGAAGUAGAUCUCUCGCACUCGUCUAUAGUGGAAUGUAUCUUGGAUCUGUCACUGGCUUAGCAUUUUCCCCAUUCCUCAUACACGAAUUUGGCUGGCCUUCUGUCUUCUUUUCUUUUGGUUCUUUAGGAACUGUAUGGUUUGCAGUAUGGCUCAGUAAGGCGUACAGUUCACCCCUGGAUGAUCCUACGCUACUGCCUGAAGAAAAGAAGCUUAUUCUUAGUAGCAGUGUUUCCAAGGAACCUGUUAAAUCAAUCCCUUGGAAAUUGAUUCUAUCAAAGCCACCUGUAUGGGCCUUGAUAGUGUCUCACUUCUGUCACAACUGGGGGACAUUUAUUCUUCUUACCUGGAUGCCAACAUAUUAUCACCAGGUAUUAAAGUUUAAUCUUACAGAAUCGGGACUUUUUGCGGUCUUGCCAUGGCUCACAAUGGCAGUCACUGCAAAUGUUGGUGGGUGGAUUGCAGAUUCACUGGUGAGGAGAGGCACAUCAGUGACUGUUGUCAGAAAGAUCAUGCAAACAAUAGGAUUUCUUGGACCUGCUUUCUUUUUAACCCAGUUGAGCCAUGUUGACUCUCCAGCAAUGGCAGUUCUAUGUAUGGCAUGCAGUCAGGGAAGUGAUGCUUUUUCACAAUCUGGUUUGUAUUCAAACCAUCAGGAUAUUGCUCCACGGUAUUCUGGCGUACUCCUUGGACUAUCCAAUACUGCUGGGGUUCUAGCUGGUGUUUUUGGCACAGCAGCGACUGGUUACAUCUUGCAACAUGGUUCUUGGGAUGAUGUCUUUAAGGUUUCAGUUGGGCUUUACUUGGUUGGAACAGUAGUUUGGAAUGCCUUUUCGACUGGUGAGAAGAUCAUUGAUUGAAACUUGGAGACAGCAAACUUAAGCCCUUGGUGUUAUGCUGGAUAUGCAUGUGGUGCAAUCAGGAAGGCGUGAUUGGUUAAGAAUUGGAGAUGAAAAGAGUUUUAGGCCCGAUUUAGUUGAGAAUAGGCAGGAGUAUCUUUAGCAGUGUAUCAGAAAAUGAGGAAACAAAUGUCUUUGACACUUGAUUGAUUUAAACAAGGAGACUCCAAGAUUUCCACGAAGAUACCAGACUAUAUUGGACUUUGAUUGAACAACCUAAUGAAGAAGGAUACAUGAUUGACAUAGCUUGUAAAUCUGUGUAAAGUUACUAAUCCAAUCCUGCAGACUGCAGUAAUAUAGGUAAAACAGUUUUAAGAUCUUAUUAAUGUUUUGUAAGAAUUAAGG